CUUCUGUUGGACUACACUUCCCAGCAACCUUCAGAUAAUCGAUGAGUUUUUAAAGCUGGACCAAAUCAGUAACAGGGGAGCUGUGAAUCAAAACACCCCUAAAAACAGAGCGUUCAGCUAAGGGGGAAAAAAAAUAAAAAACGGAGUCGGACGAGUCCACGCCCACUGCAGCAAAGCGUGAGGGGAGUUGCGCCUCUCCAAGUCCCUGCCCGUCGUUCCUCCCCACACACACACCCAGCGGGCGGGAAGGCGUCAGCUCAACAGCGCCUCACACAGCGAACGACUGAGCCAGUGCAGCGAGCCUGGGGCGUCGCCUCGUCAUCCGCUCCCCACCAGAAAGGCAGCCACACCCACGGAGGCGCAGACGGAAAGAGCAGUGUAAUACCCGCAGCAGCAGCUCAAGAGAAACUCUCCCGACCGCAUUUAAUAAAAGCAAAACAUGGCAGCGGCAGCGGCCUCGUCUAACCCCGGCGGAGGUCCGGAGAUGGUGCGAGGGCAGGCGUUCGACGUAGGCCCGAGAUACACCAACCUGUCAUAUAUCGGAGAGGGAGCGUACGGCAUGGUGUGUUCUGCCCAUUGCAACAUUAACAAAGUACGAGUUGCUAUCAAGAAAAUCAGCCCAUUUGAGCAUCAGACAUACUGCCAGAGAACAUUGAGGGAGAUCAAAAUCUUGCUACGUUUUAAGCAUGAAAACAUCAUUGGAAUAAAUGACAUUAUUCGAGCUCCAACCAUUGAGCAGAUGAAAGAUGUGUACAUUGUGCAGGACCUCAUGGAGACAGAUCUCUAUAAACUCCUGAAGACUCAGCAUCUUAGCAAUGACCAUAUCUGCUAUUUCUUGUACCAGAUUUUGAGAGGAUUAAAGUACAUUCAUUCAGCCAACGUUCUACAUCGUGAUCUUAAGCCUUCAAAUUUGCUGCUUAAUACUACCUGUGAUCUCAAGAUUUGUGAUUUUGGAUUGGCUCGUGUUGCAGAUCCAGACCAUGAUCACACUGGCUUUCUCACAGAAUAUGUAGCCACUCGCUGGUACAGAGCUCCUGAGAUCAUGCUGAAUUCCAAGGGCUAUACCAAAUCAAUUGACAUCUGGUCUGUUGGCUGCAUUCUCGCUGAGAUGCUUUCUAAUAGACCAAUAUUUCCAGGGAAACAUUAUCUCGACCAACUUAAUCACAUACUGGGAAUUCUUGGAUCGCCAUCUCAAGAAGACCUAAACUGUAUAAUCAAUUUAAAAGCUAGGAAUUACUUGCUUUCCCUUCCUCACAAAAAUAAGGUGCCAUGGAACCGACUUUUCCCCAAUGCAGAUCCCAAAGCUCUAGACUUACUGGACAAGAUGCUGACAUUCAACCCACACAAAAGAAUUGAAGUAGAGGCAGCUUUGGCUCAUCCUUAUCUGGAGCAGUAUUAUGACCCAAGUGAUGAGCCUGUAGCUGAGGCUCCCUUUAAAUUUGAAAUGGAACUCGAUGAUUUGCCCAAGGAGACACUGAAGGAGCUAAUUUUUGAAGAAACCGCUAGAUUCCAGCCAGGGUACUGACCACCAUCUUACCACAGGGAAAGGAUGUGAAGGACUUUGCACGCUGAGACAUCGGUGUUGUUCUUGCCAGUUCUUCCUCCUUGGGCGUGUCCUGUGCUCCAUCUCAGCUUGUCCAGUCUAUAACUUCUUUGAGCCAUUAUGGAGGGCACUUCCUGGUAGUUGUGGCUUUUUAUGCUUCUGAUGAAUUCUUUCGAUAUGGAGAAUUGUUCUUGACACUCCUUUGUGAAAGUGGUGCGGCAAACACACACCUGCUGAGACCUUCAUUAACCGCUUGUACAUUAUUAUUAUUUUUUUUUUUGUAUUGUUUUAUAAAGAUGCAGUGAUUUCUUUCCAUUUUUCUGGGUAUACAGCACCCUGACUUUCACCGGCCCUACACACUGUAUCAAACCACACAUUCAAACACUGUGGUAUUUGGCCUUGGGUUUUUUUUUUCUUUCUUUGUUCUUUUUUAUUUGGGAGAGUUAAUUCUCUGGGCACUUUAAAUCAUUGUAACGCCCUAUUUACUUGCACAUAUCAUUUUAAACAAAUGCAGUUGUAAGCUUUGAAAUUCUAAUGGAGCUUUUCAUAUAUAUAUAUAUAUAUAUAUAUAUAUAUAUAUAUAUAUAUAUAUAUAUAUAUAUAUAUAUAUAUAUAUAUAUAUAUAUAUAUAUAUAUAUAUAUCUCUAUAUAUAUAUAUAUAUAUAUAUAUAUAUAUCUCGGUUACUAGCUUUCUCUAGCACUUAAGCAGAGCCGAGCAAACUAUUUUAACCCUUUCCAUGUUUAAGGGACCUUGUAGGUUGGAAAAAAAAAUGCCCCCUAAUAAAAUCUAUAUGUGUACAUGCUUGCAAAAUUCAACCUCUCAUUCUUUUAAGAUGUAAAGCUGCUGCAAUAUAUUCAAACAGGGGGAAAAAAAACUUUGGGCAUUUGUGCCAUGCACUGGCCUUCUCUGGUCUGCGUUUUUCAUGCAUGGAGAAAUAGUAGUAUGUUGAGGAAGAGUAAAAAGCAAGUGAAACCAAAAUGUCAUUAAUGUUAGCUGAGGAAGGUUAGAAUGAGGCAGUUCAGGGUUGAAUUGUACACUGUCUAUACAAAGUAAUGCUAAUGGCUAUAAUGCUAACCUGAAGAAAGACACUGCAUCUGUAGGUAAGCGGUGGGUUUGUCGAGUGAGGGCUCUUGUUUCUAACCAACAUCUCUACUUUAUUAUUCACAGACGUAUAUCUGCUUCAUUGAGUCUACUACCUACAGUUCUGUAGUGUCUAAAAGAUAUAGUAACCUUUUUUUCCUGCCCACCUUGGAGCAACCAGCCAAACUAGCACUCAUAUUUUUAAACUAUUAACAUUUCUUUGCAAGUAUUUGUUCUUGGAAUCGUAUAAUGUGGAGUUUACUAGAUGUUAUGUCGAAGUGCGGUGCCUCCUACCACCCCCCCCCCCACCUCACUGCUUUUUGUGGUGAAAGAUUUGCCUUGUUUGAAAAUACCGUGCCCUCGCAUGACUGUUAAGCUUUUCUGUGCAAAGAUGAUUGUUUAAGUGCCACAUGCCUUUGAUGAUAACAGAAAAUUUGUUACCUCUAAAUUAUGUUCAACUGAAAUGUUAUCCUGUAACCUACAUGAGGAUGAAACUGCUCUGUUUUAAUCCUCUUCUUUAUUCUGUCUUUCCUUGUCUGGCAGAGUUUUAACAAUUUGUCUACACUGCCUGGGAACAUGAACAAAAAAUUGCACUUGUAAAUGAAAAUAAAUUGAAAUCUUCUCAUUAA